GUGAGUCUGAUUGGUUGAACCGAGUGAAGCAUUUCAGACAAGGAAGUAGUCAAAUAUGUGACAGUACAGUCUAGUUUAGAUGCUAAAUAAACAUGAUUUCAGGUGCGUUUUAUGCAUUAUUAGCGGGCUUUCUUGGAGCCGUCGCUUCCUCGUCAGCCAAGCUAUCUCUGGGCUCAGAUUACCUCAAAGGGAUGUGUGAAACAGGGCUGAAAACCUGGUCUCAGGAUGGAGACUACAGGAUUAUUCAGGAGGAAACAUCACCCUGCGAAUGGCUCCACAUCCCUCUGGAGCUGCUAUUCACCAGUAAUGCUGUGAUGUGGUGUUUGUUCCAGCUCCACAUCCCUCUGGAGCUGCUAUUCACCAGUAAUGCUGUGAUGUGGUGUUUGUUCCAGCUCCACAUCCCUCUGGAGCUGCUAUUCACCAGUAAUGCUGUGAUGUGGUGUUUGUUUCAGCUCCACAUCCCUCUGGAGCUGCUAUUCACCAGUAAUGCUGUGAUGUGGUGUUUGUUUCAGCUCCACAUCCCUCUGGAGCUGCUAUUCACCAGUAAUGCUGUGAUGUGGUGUUUGUUCCAGCUCCACAUCCCUCUGGAGCUGCUAUUCACCAGUAAUGCUGUGAUGUGGUGUUUGUUUCAGCUCCACAUCCCUCUGGAGCUGCUAUUCACCAGUAAUGCUGUGAUGUGGUGUUUGUUCCAGCUCCACAUCCCUCUGGAGCUGCUAUUCACCAGUAAUGCUGUGAUGUGGUGUUUGUUUCAGCUCCACAUCCCUCUGGAGCUGCUAUUCACCAGUAAUGCUGUGAUGUGGUGUUUGUUUCAGCUCCACAUCCCUCUGAGGUUGCUGUGUGGAGGACUGCUAUUCACCAGUAAUGCUGUGAUGUGGACCUUCUUCUCCAAGGCUCUGAGACACUCCUCCUCCUCGGCCCGGGCCACGGUCACCACCACCGCAUCCAACUUUGUAUCCUCUGCAUUCCUUGGGAAGCUGAUCUUUGGCGAGAUCCACGCAGCACUGUGGUGGGUGGGCAUCUCUCUAACGCUGUCAGGUUUACUGGUGCUGCACGGAUCAACUUCUGAACCAGCAGAGGCCAAGAAGGAAGAGUGAAGGACUGUCCACAUGUGGAAUAAGAAGUGGAAUAACAAUACCACUGUAUCAAUCACCCCACUGGACCGCCUCGCCGUUCCACAAACGCUUUCUGACUCAAAUAAUCUGGAUCUCACGAGAACCAUGUUCUAUUACCACGAAGGGCUUUGAUGUUACAUCUGACUACAUGGAUUCUAACAUGUUACAUGGAUUCUAACAUGUUACAUGGAUUCUAACAUGUUACAUCUGACUGUACAUGGAUUCUAACAUGUUACAUCUGACUGUACAUGGAUUCUAACAUGUUACAUCUGACUGUACAUGGAUUCUAACAUGUUACAUCUGACUGUACAUGGAUUCUAACAUGUUACAUCUGACUGUACAUGGAUUCUAACAUGUUACAUCUGACUGUACAUGGAUUCUAACGUGUUACAUCUGACUGUACAUGGAUUCUAACGUGUUACAUCUGACUGUACAUGGAUUCUAACGUGUUACAUCUGACUACAUGGAUUCUAACGUGUUACAUCUGACUGUACAUGGAUUCUAACGUGUUACAUCUGACUGUACAUGGAUUCUAACGUGUUACAUCUGACUGUACAUGGAUUCUAACGUGUUACAUCUGACUGUACAUGGAUUCUAACGUGUUACAUCUGACUGUACAUGGAUUCUAACGUGUUACAUCUGACUGUACAUGGAUUCUAACGUGUUACAUCUGACUGUACAUGGAUUCUAACAUGUUACAUCUGACUGUUCAUGGAUUCUAACAUGUUACAUCUGACUGUUCAUGGAUUCUAACAUGUUACAUCUGACUACAUGGAUUCUAACAUGUUACAUCUGACUGUACAUGGAUUCUAACAUGUUACAUCUGACUGUACAUGGAUUCUAACAUGUUACAUCUGACUGUACAUGGAUUCUAACAUGUUACAUCUGACUGUACAUGGAUUCUAACAUGUUACAUCUGACUGUACAUGGAUUCUAACAUGUUACAUCUGACUGUACAUGGAUUCUAACAUGUUACAUCUGACUGUACAUGGAUUCUAACAUGUUACAUCUGACUACAUGGAUUCUAACAUGUUACAUCUGACUGUACAUGGAUUCUAACAUGUUACAUCUGACUGUACAUGGAUUCUAACAUGUUACAUCUGACUGUACAUGGAUUCUAACAUGUUACAUCUGACUGUACAUGGAUUCUAACAUGUUACAUCUGACUGUACAUGGAUUCUAACAUGUUACAUCUGACUGUACAUGGAUUCUAACAUGUUACAUCUGACUGUACAUGGAUUCUAACAUGUUACAUCUGACUGUUCAUGGAUUCUAACAUGUUACAUCUGACUACAUGGAUUCUAACAUGUUACAUCUGACUGUACAUGGAUUCUAACAUGUUACAUCUGACUGUACAUGGAUUCUAACAUGUUACAUCUGACUGUACAUGGAUUCUAACAUGUUACAUCUGACUGUACAUGGAUUCUAACAUGUUACAUCUGACUGUACAUGGAUUCUAACAUGUUACAUCUGACUGUACAUGGAUUCUAACAUGUUACAUCUGACUGUACAUGGAUUCUAACAUGUUACAUCUGACUGUACAUGGAUUCUAACAUGUUACAUCUGACUACAUGGAUUCUAACAUGUUACAUCUGACUGUACAUGGAUUCUAACAUGUUACAUCUGACUGUACAUGGAUUCUAACAUGUUACAUCUGACUGUACAUGGAUUCUAACAUGUUACAUCUGACUGUACAUGGAUUCUAACAUGUUACAUCUGACUGUACAUGGAUUCUAACAUGUUACAUCUGACUGUACAUGGAUUCUAACAUGUUACAUCUGACUGUACAUGGAUUCUAACAUGUUACAUCUGACUGUACAUGGAUUCUAACAUGUUACAUCUGACUGUACAUGGAUUCUAACAUGUUACAAUCUGACUGUACAUGGAUUCUAACAUGUUACAUCUGACUGUACAUGGAUUCUAACAUGUUACAUCUGACUGUACAUGGAUUCUAACAUGUUACAUCUGACUGUACAUGGAUUCUAACAUGUUACAUCUGACUACAUGGAUUCUAACAUGUUACAUCUGACUGUACAUGGAUUCUAACAUGUUACAUCUGACUGUACAUGGAUUCUAACAUGUUACAGCCGACAUGUUUCUACUCUGUCUUACCGUCUCUGGGUAUGAUAUGACCAAGGUCUGCACUCCAUACACAAACAUGAUCAGGCUUUUCUACACAUUAUUAUGUAAACAAAUACUUUCUUAAUAGUACCGUUGAUAUGUAUAUUUUGGACAAUAUUGUAAUGACCUGUAAGACAAAAUGGGUAUCAAUUUAUUGAAAUUAGAGUUUUGUAAAUAAACCUUUCCACUUAAUCUCUGA